AUGGAUCACAGGCCGCCGUCGCUGGCGCAUCCCAACAAGCGCAUUCAGCUUUUGCCGCCGUCCGAUGCGGCGAAUGGCACCAUCGUUUCGACCCCGAUCCGUGAUUUCGACAUGGAAUCGGGGAUGGACAUUUUGAGAUUGAAGGGACGAGUUAAGUCUCUAGACAGUAUCAGCCAUGAUAAUGCCGGUGCAACAACGAAAACUCGUAAUGCCGCUGCGGACCAUUCUCGUAAGCUCGACGAGAUGCCGAAGGCAGAUGGCGGGAAAUCGAAAGCUCUUGCAACCGCGGAAGACGGCGAGAAUGCUGACGAGGAUAAUGGAGUGGGGAAGAAGGAAAAGAAGAAGAAGCUUCGGUGCUCCUUCUGCGAUCAAGCCAGCUCGGACGAGUCUACCGGGGAUUUGGUGGCGGUGGACGAAAAGGGCGUGGCUUUUGAGCUCGCGGGCGAGCUGAGUCCCAACGAGAUAUGCGUCCACGAGGAUUGCCUUCUCUGGUCCCCCGAAGUGCAUUUCACCAAGGGUCGUUUUAUGAACGUGCAGAAGGAGCUGCGCCGAUCGGGCGGGCUCUAUUGCACCGACGCGUACGUGCUCUUCUGCCCGCAACACCCGCCUGUGGGGGCCAAACCGAAGAAACUCAAGCGUAAGCAGCCGUCCCCGCCGGCGCCGCCACCGCAUGCGGACGAUUCGGACGAGGAAGAAACGGGGAAGGAGGACGCCCGCGCGCCCCCCCCCGUUGCGGGGAAGAACCAGAGGCGCGCGCGGACAGGCGCAGGGGGAAGGGGCGCGGGGGCGGGGGGGAGAAAGGCUUCCGCGCAGGGGUCAGCUCCAGUGGUGCCCGAAAUUCCGGCGAAGAAAGAUGUGACCAUAAAGGGCGCGACCGUCAAGGACGUGACUGUCAAGAACGUGACUGUAAAGGAUGUGACUAUGAAGGAGGCCACAACUGUCAAAAGCAAAGGAGCGGAUCUGGAACGCCUGGGCAAGGGAUCAUCUUCUGUAGCCAAGGUUCCUGUAACGGAAGAUGUGAUUAUGAAGGGUGUGACUACGAAGGAUGCAGCUGCAGUGAGGAAGAAGACGGAAGUGGGCGUGGCAAGCGUGGGCAAGGAGAGAGGAUUGCCUCCUGUGGCAGCUUCUGAGAGAAUUCCUGUGGAGGCUGCACCCAAAAGUGUUACUGCUACCGCUACUGGUGCUGGUGCUGCCGUUGCUGCUGCUGGCUUCUCUGCUGCUAAUCCUGCCACUGCUGCUGCUGCUGCUGCUGCUGCUGCUGCUGCUGCUGCUGCUGCUGCUGCUGCUGGUGCUGUUGCAGCUGCCUUUGUAAAAAAUAUCACAAAAGUUAAUGCUGCAAAGAAGGACAAGGGAAAGGGAGUAGCAGAGGGGCACGGUGAUCAGGACACAGGUAGAAGCACCAGCCUUGGAGCGGCAAACGCAAUGGCCCCCUGUAGUAGCAGCAGAGGCCAAGCCUCUCUUACUGAAUUAACAUCCAAGGCUUCAGUUAGCGUCCCUUCUGUUGAUCUUGCUGCUCCGACAAAGCUGACGGCACAGGCCCGGGUGACUAAAUCGCAUAACGAGGCAGUCUUUAAGGUGCCUCAACCGGUGGUUAAGGGGCAUUUGAAUAAGCUGACCGACCCGGGGAAGGAGGGGAAGGAGGGUGAGAAGGGAGCGAAGGAAGCGAAGGAAGAAAAGGGAGAGGAGAGAGAGAAGGGAAAAGGGGGAGAGGGGGGAAGGGAGGAGGAGGCAAGAAAAACCGCUCUUAUAGAGGAGAUUGCGAAAGAAAGGGGAGGCAACGAAAAGGGGAGGAAGGAAGAAACGGCUUCUGCUGCUGCUGCUGCUGCUUCUGGUGCUGCUGGUGGUGAUGGUACUGCUGCGGCUUCUGCUGGUGCUGCUGCUGCUGCUGAAGUGGCUGUGGGCAUGGGAGCAAGGCAGGCGGCCGCAGUGACAGGGGACACUUCCUCUUGCUCAAGACACAGCGGCAAGCCUCCCAGUCAAUGGGUUCUGUGCGGGUCAGCCCUGGAUUCAGCGUCCAAGGCCCGCCUGGUCAAAUUUGCUGACGCAAUGGGCGCACAGCUGACGUCAGACUGGAGUCCACGUGUCACCCACCUAUUGGUUGGCACGGAUUCCGAGGGAAAGGCACGGAGGACGCUCAAAAUGGUGAUGGCGAUCCUGCACGGGCAGUGGGUGCUUAGCAGCAAGUGGUUAACAUCCUCCCCCACUGCGGCCUCCCCCACCUCCCCGCCUGCUGAGGGACCAUACGAGGUGCUCUGUGACUCGCAUGACGAGUCUGGUGGGGCUACACGCGGUCGACUGCACUACGCGCUCAUGGCCAAGGGAUGCCCCUCGCCGCCUCCCCUCUUUGCCAACAUCACAGCGGUGUUUCUGGAAGGCGGCUUCCUCAGCCCUUCCUUUGCUGACGUGGCAAGCAUCCUCCAGUGUGGAGGCGGCAUUGUCAUUCCAAGCAGCGCCCUACACUCCCCCACAGCCAAGACGCUCCUUUCUGGCUUCUCCAGCCCCUCCAACACCACGAACAGCACCACCACUGCUGCCUCCGCUGCUCCUGCUGCCUUGGGAACUGAAAAGAGGAGAGCAGAAGAAGGGAAGAGUGACCACAAAGGGAAGGACCAAGGGGAGCCUAGGGAUUGUCAGAGGCAUGGGGAGACGAAGAUGCUGUUGGUGGUGUAUGCUGAUGUGCCGGCGAACACGCCCAGUGGGUCGGGUAAGAUGCGGCGGGAACUGGCGCUGGUGGAGAAGCGGAGGGAAGCUGCUGGGCAGGUAGGGAAGGAGGUCGGGGCGUGUGGGAGUGUGACGCAUAACUGGAUCAUUGACUCGGCUGCUGGGUUUGAGCUCAAGCCAUUCUAG